AUGGAAGAUCAUGAUCUGCCACUGGCAACACUGAUAAAAUUGUAUAAAAAGACAGAUGUGUCUGAAACAGAGUCAGAUUGCUUCUCAGACAUUUACAGCUCUGGCAGUGAAUUUCAGUUUACUGAAUAUGAAAAAAGCUCUUGGAAGAUAAUCUGUCUGAGUCUGCUUCAGGCACAUCUGACAAUGAAUUACAGAGGUGAUGUGAGAAGUUGUGGUGGUGUUGUAGGUGAUGUGACAAGUGGGGGUGGUGUUGCAGGUGAUGUGAUAAGUUGUGGUGGUGUUGCAGGUGAUGCAAGCAAUGGGGUUGGUGUUGUAGGUGAUGUGAUAAGUUGUGGUGGUGUUGCAGGUGAUGCAAGCAAUGGGGUUGGUGUUGUAGGUGAUAUGAUAAGUUGUGGUGGUGUUGUAGGUGAUGUGAGUAGUAGGGGUGAUGUUGUAGGUGAUGUGACAAGUGGGGGUGGUGUUGUAGGUGAUGUGAGUAGUGGGGGUGGUGUUGUAGGUGAUGUGACAAGUGGGGGUGGUGUUGUAGGUGAUGUGAGUAGUGGGGGUGGUGUUGUAGGUGAUGUGACAAGUGGGGGUGGUGUUGUAGGUGAUGUGAGUAGUAGGGAUGAUGUUGUAGGUGAUGUGACAAGUGGGGGUGGUGUUGUAGGUGAUGUGACAAGUGGGGGUGGUGUUGUAGGUGAUGUGACAAGUGGGGAUGGUGUUGUAGGUGAUGCAAGAAAUGGGGAUGGUGUUGUAGGCGAUGUGAUAAGUUAUGGUGGUGUUGUAGGAGAUGUGAGUAGUGGGGGUGGUGUUGUAGGUGAUGUGAGUAGUGGGGGUGGUGUUGUAGGUGAUGUGAGAAGUUGUAGUGGCGUUGUAGGUGAUGUGAGAAGUUAUAGUGGUGUUGUAGGUGAUGUGAGUAGUGGGGGUGGUGUUGUAGGUGAUGUGAGUAGUGGGGGUGGUAUUGUAGGUGAUCUUAGUAGUGGGGUUGGUGUUGUAGGUGAUGUGAGUAGUGGGGAUGGUGUUGUAGGUGAUGCGAGAAGUUGCGGUAGUGUUGUAGGUGAUACAAGAAGUUAUGGUAGCGUUGUAGGCGGUACAAGAAAUUAUGGUGGUGUUGUAGGUGAUGCAAGAAAUUGUGGUGGUGUUGUAGGUGAUGCAAGAAGUUGUGGUGGUGUUGUAGGUAAUGCGAGCCGUGAGGGUGGUGUUGUGGGUGAUUCGAGCAGUGGGGGUGGUGUUGUAGGUGAUGCAAGCAGUGGGGUGGUGAAGAAAUACUAA